GCCCUCUUUCCAUUCACAUUACGCCACGUUUGUCUCACUGGAAUUGUCCUUUCCGCUGCCGUGAUGGACGCUCUUGUAACUCUUACAAAUCUUCGCCACCUCGAAUUGAUGGGCAGCGUUAUCGACACGCAGCUUGCGGCCGAAUAUGUAGACAAACUCGGUGAAAUGUCGAACUUGGAUGAGCUUAGCGUGCCACCUUCAAUGUUUUCCUUUUCUAUGAAGGAUGAAAACAACAAACCCCUAAACAUGAGAAAACUACAUUUAUCGAAAAUUUCCAUCUUUAUGGAAUGCUUUGAUGAGAACAAUUUCUUUGAUUGUAUCGAAACUAUAAUGCCAAGAAAACUCGAAGCCCUUACACUAUAUGGAAAUUUCUAUCAACUCAAGCGCUCGAAGAAAUAUGGUCAAUGGCGAAAGUUUGAGAUACUAUUUGGCUCGAUGACUCCUCAAGUACGCACGCCCUGGUGGCUAAAAGAUGACAGCAUACUUAUGUCACACUUAGUACGCUGUGCACCUUAUAAAAUCGCGGACGAUUUUCGACCUUUAAGGAGUACGGUAUGA